AUGUUGUAUCUUGGAUACAUCCACCUGUGUCCCUCCAUGGGACACAAAAAAAUGGUACCAGAAGGUGCAGUGGCCCUCAGUGGUGCUGGUGGCCCUGAGCAGGCUGAUCAACCCCCCGAACAUCAGGCACUUCGCAGCCGGCAAGUGCUCGAAGAGAUCAAUGACUUCAACAAUCUGGAUCCCGAGUCAGAGGAGGAGCCUGGCAGCAAUGAUGACCUUGAUGAUGAGGAUUCAACGUUUUCAUUUUUGUCGGUUGCGCUCAAUGCCAAGGCACACACCCAUGCUGGCACUGCAGAGCCAGGCAACCAGUGUGUCCCUCCAAUGCUCACCCCGUGGAUACAUCAUGUUCCCCCACCUAUGGCAUCAGUUCAAGGUUUGCGCCCACUCAACUUAACAGUGCCCAACACCGUCCUGUCUGGUCCUGGGGGACAUGGAAUGCCAACACCUUUGAGUGGUGGGCCAGCAGACCUACCACCAGGCACUAGAUUUAAUGCAUGGACGGGCAUGUUUGACAGCAUCUCGGAUAUCUCCAGCCAUGAGCUCACAGCAGCCAAUCAACACAGUUCACCCUCACCCUUUGCACAGAUCCCUGGUACUCAGAGUCUCAAACGGCCAGCACCUGCACUGGGUAUGGCUGAGGGCUUACAGGUAGUCCAAAAAGUCAAGCUCGGUGAUGGUGGUAGCCAGGCCGUAAGUCACUAUCAGUGUAUCCUUACCAAUAGUUUGAUUUAUCUCAAUGAUGUCGUCGAAUGUCGGGACUGGUCCGCUGAGGCAUGGAAUGCAGCCUGUUGUGCCAAUGGAGUCAAAGUUGAAUACGAUGAAGAUGCAUACAAACUGAUCACAUCACGCGGCUCAAAUUUACGGAGUGAACUCAAGAACCUCAUGCGCCCACUGGUUGAAGCCAAUUUUGGCUUCGUCAAUGAAAAGACACCAGUGAUAGUUAAGGUGAAUGCUACACUAGCAGCAGCUGUGGUGGAGAAUCGUAAAAUUUUGAUGUAUAAGGACUGUCAGGCGUGCAAAGGUGCUUACGAGACAGACAUCAUUCUGAAAGGAAUGAUCAAGUGGUGUUAUGACAAGAAAUCUUCGACAGGUGUCAAAUAUCCAACCUACUUCAAGGAUGCAGAGAGUGGCAGCACUAUGUUUGGGAUUGUUGUGGCACUGUUAACCGUGGUCGAAGUGUGCCUCAUGGAGUGGAUAACUGGAACGAGGGUGAUCAAGAAGUUUAACAAGGAGCAGUAUGUGUCCAUGUUUGGGGCUCACUAUGAACUAUUAGUGCACUUUCACGAAGGCACCAAGCAAGCCAACAUCGUGCCGAAAAUUUGCAAGAGGCUUUUGAAGCAUGCUUGUCGUCAUGCAAGUGUUCCUGAUGACCCGAUUGCUGCAGGAUCCAUCCAACAAUUCACAAUGGAUGAGUCUGCAGCUGCAGCUGCUGAAUGGGAAUGUCGUGAGGAGUCUGAUUCAGAGGGUGACAAGAUGUAG